UACGCGCGCGCGUCCAAGUGUGUGGUGCCGCUGGCGGAAGGUGCGUCUUUUGGCUUGCGGUCGCGUUGUCCGUACUGUUGGUCUGGCCGCCGAAAGCAUUGCCCGAAGAGACAAGCGCACAGAUCUACGCCAUUUUGGAUUGCACCGCACUGAGGAACAAAAUCAGAAGCAGCCAUGGUAACCGUGAAGGAAGCUGCUGACCGGGCCGAGGCCGUCAUUGCGAACCUGCCCGAAAAAGCGCAGUCAGUUUUCAACCUCAUCCAAAGCAGGACUGGCGUCAAGCGAGCCUACAUCCUACUUGGUGUGGCUGGCUUGUUUGCGCUGUACAUGAUCUUUGGCUACUUUGCCCAGCUGCUGUGUAACCUUGUUGGUUUUGCCAUUCCUGCUUAUGCCUCCAUGCGUGCCAUAGAGUCCACGACAAAGGACGAUGACACCAAGUGGCUCACUUACUGGGUGGUUUUCGCCUGUUUCUCAGUGGUGGACUUCUUUGCAGACAACAUCUUGCGCUUCUUUCCCUUCUACUGGCUGGCCAAGAUCAUCUUCCUUGUGUACUGCUUUGCUCCCACAAAACCGAAUGGAUCUACUCACAUCUACAACAAGAUCAUUCGUCCUAUCUUCUUGCGCCACGAGACCUCCGUCAACAAACUGGCUGCAGAGGCCGGUGCUGGCAUCCGAACUGUACUGCAAAAAGCUGCCUCUUCUGCUGCGAAGAACGAGUGAAUCAGUCUUUCAAGCACUUCUCUCCUUUGUCGGCGCGUUAGGCAGCCACGACUUUUUAUUUUUCAGUGGCUAGCCUCUGGUGGCAGGUGGCACCCAGCAUUGUCACCCCUAAUGUACACUCGGGCAUCAUGUUUUAUUAAAAAUAUGCUUUGCCAA